UCUCUGUCGUCGGUCUAUAAGCCCGAACUCAAGUCGGAUCUCACUUUCACUUUAACAUGUCCAAACCACUUCAAUUUUUUGGAUCUCUCCCAAUGGCUACUCGUCUUCUUCUUCUCUUCUCCUUCGUAACUCUCCUGAUUCUCUCUUCGAUCUCCCCCUCUUUCUCGAAGGACCAAAAUGGCAAAACCAAACCAGUAAGUGAAGACGACGACGAAGAUCUCAGAUUCCUUGAAGAAGCCCACGACGACCAUAAUGCCGCCUCCCAUCUCCAGUACCCGGACUCUGACCAAUUUGACAAUGAAGAUGGCCCCGAUGAUGAAGAUUUCGAAAACUUCGGCGAUUUCGACGGUUCAGAUGCGGAUCAGUACAAACAACCCGUAGUGGACGAGAAAGACGUAGUCGUUUUGAUGGAGGGGAAUUUCAGUGAUGUUAUUGAGAAGAACAAAUUUGUGAUGGUGGAGUUCUAUGCACCGUGGUGCGGGCAUUGCCAAGCUCUGGCGCCGGAGUAUGCAGCGGCUGCUACAGAGCUGAAGGGGGAGAACGUGGUCCUGGCGAAGAUUGAUGCUUCCGAGGAAAACGAGCUGGCUCAGAAGUACGAUGUGCAGGGUUUCCCUACUGUGCACUUCUUUAUCGAUGGAGUUCACAAGCCUUACCCUGGCCAGAGGACCAAGGAUGCUAUUGUGACCUGGAUUAAGAAGAAGAUAGGACCUGGUAUUUACAACGUAACCACAUUGGAUGAUGCUGAACGUAUAUUGACUUCUGAAAGUAAAGUUGUUUUGGGGUACCUGAACUCUUUGGUGGGUCCAGAGAGUGAGGAGUUUGCUGCUGCUUCGAGACUCGAGGAUGAUGUGAAUUUUUACCAAACCGUGAAUCCUGAUGUUGCUAAGCUUUUCCACAUUGACUCUAGAGUUAAACGUCCUGCUUUGGUUUUGGUUAAGAAGGAGGCUGAGAAAUUGAGCUAUUUUGAUGGCCAAUUUGUUAAAUCUGAAAUAUCUAAGUUUGUAUUUGCCAACAAGCUCCCGUUAGUGACUAAUUUUACCAGGGAAAAUGCCCCUUCAAUUUUUGAAAGUCAAAUAAAGAAACAGUUAUUGUUGUUUGCCACCUCAAACAAUUCAGUGAAGGUUAUCUCAGUGUUCCAAGAAGCAGCUAAACUUUUCAAAGGAAAGCUUAUCUUUGUAUAUGUGGAGAUGGAUAAUGAAGAUGUUGGAAAGCCUGUUUCAGAUUAUUUUGGCAUUACUGGAGACGGUCCUAAAGUUCUUGCAUACACUGGAAAUGAUGAUGCCAAGAAAUUUGUACUUGAGAAGGAAGUGACCUUGGAUAACCUUAAGGCUUUUGGUGAGGAUUUCAUUGAAGACAAGCUUAAGCCUUUCUACAAAUCUGAUCCAAUUCCUGAAACUAAUGAUGGGGAUGUGAAAAUUGUGGUUGGGAAUAACUUUGAUGAAAUUGUUUUAGAUGAGUCAAAGGAUGUUCUCCUUGAGAUUUAUGCACCAUGGUGUGGACACUGCCAAGCGCUCGAGCCUACUUACAACAAGCUUGCAAAACAUUUACGUGGCAUCGAGUCCAUUGUUAUAGCCAAGAUGGAUGGAACAACAAACGAGCAUCCCAGGGCUAAGUCUGAUGGGUUCCCGACAAUACUAUUCUUCCCAGCUGGUAGCAAAAGCUUCGAUCCCAUCACUGUCGAUGCCGAUCGUACUGUGGUAGCAUUCUAUAAGUUCCUCAAGAAACAUGCAUCAAUUUCAUUCAAACUUGAAAAGCCAGCUUCAACGACAAAAAAAACAGAGAGUUCUGGUGUGAAAGAUGCUUCGGACAGUAGUUUCGAUGACGUGAAGGAUGAAUUAUGAGGAAUAUUACUAGUUUGCUAAUUUAAAUCUUGCAAGGUGCUACCUAACUGCUACAGAAAUUGUGUCGGAUAGACACAAUGAUAGAGCGAACAGGGGAUUAGAACUCGUCUCAGAAGUUUUCGCCUUCGUGACCAAGAGAAAGGUAUACCUAGCUUCCAAGAUAUGUUUGUGGUUUGAAAAUUCUUAUAGCUUUUUUGCUAAUGAUUUUGCUUACAAUUUAACAAAAUGCUACUUCCCCUUUUGUCUUUCCAUAUAUGUAUGAGAGCGGAUCAGUUUUUCGAUGUAUAAUUUACCAGAUUUUGUGUAGUUGGCCUCCUUCCUAAUGGCCAGACUUUGACUGCUACCCUGUUUGCUUUUGAAUUACGAUCAUAAUCUGGUAGCUAGUGAAUAUCAAAUUUGGUUUUAGGCUC